UCAAUAAAAAUUUGAUACCAAGAAAGGAUCGAUGUUCCAUGUUCCAUGCCCCGCAGACGCUACCGUACCAUCCAAAUGCAACAGCUCAACAGAGAACCCGCUUAGAGGUCUAGCACCACAAACCCUUCAAACACUACUCAUGCCAAGGUCUCAUUUUUGAUUCAAAAUGAAGUUGGUGGCUUGUUGUUGUACAGGUUCUGUCGUCUGGUUGGCAGCGGUGCUGCUGUUGUUAUCAGCGGCAUUGGUAUCCGGCAGCGCCAAUGACGGAGAUGAUUCAUUGUUUUUGCGACGCAAGCUGGAAGGAGAAGACUUGAGCCCCCCUGCUUUUGAUGACGACAAAGAAGAAGAAUCCAAUGAACACAAGGUUUGUCCCGUCCAUGACCCAACCGCAACGACCGAGGAGGGGGGAGGAAAUAGCAUUUUUGACCCUCCCACAGCUGGAGAAAUGCAACAAGUCAUGGAAGCCAUGAUGUUGUAUGAUUUCAGCAAUGAAGCAGAUGACGACAACAUUACCCUUACCCUGCAGCCACUGCCCCUUCCAGAUGUGAUGGCCAUUGGUCAGUUGUUUUAUGGACAGAGUUUGGCCACCACUGCCAUUCCGAGUCCUGGACCCAUUUGGGGUGGCAUUCAAACCAACUACAUUGCUCGCAUGGAGCUCAUUCCACCCAUCAAACAAGAGGCAACCGCAUUCUUGUUUGGAAAUGAUGAUGCUCCAAUGCCAGGACGCUAUGCACGUGUCAAUGUCAAUUUUGGUGCCUUGGCGCAACCCAAGUUUGUAGAGUACAAGGUAGGCCCUCUCUCGGCCGAUUCCAACGAGAUGAUCGUGGAAAAGCUCUCGGAACAUAUCUGGAACACGCGACCUCGAGAAAUCAACGAGGCGUGGUGCCUCAAACUCAUGGUUCACAUGAUUCUGACAGAAGAAGACUUCCAAAUCAUUACCUCGGAAUCCUUUGCAAACAAGACGCAUCUAUUCAAUGGUCUCUCCGAUCAUGAGGGAGCACCACCCGGACUCCUGCCGGAAGAAAGGUACACACAAGUCCGUGUAAUGAUGGAUGUGCACGGAACUUGGGAUGGAAAGAAGCUCAACCCUGUUCCCUUGGUCUUUACAAUCAACAACACCGAUGUCGAUCCCGGCAUGUGGACAGCCGACAAAUUUUGGUACAAUCGACAAGGGCCCUAUACGCGAGAUGAACUGGUUGAUGCCUACAUGACUGAUGAACUGGACAAGAUUGUCAUUCCUGAAGAGCAUUUUCAGGAGAUUCAACAAUCUUCCUUCCCACAAAAGCGACCUGGUAAAGACCGACCCAUGGCGGACAAGCCUGGUCCUCAACUUUACAUGCCCGAAGGGGCACGAUAUACCAUUGAUGGCCGCACCGUGAACUGGAUGGGAUGGAGUUUCCAUGCCGGGUAUGACUUUCGUGCCGGUCCCAACUUCAAAAACAUCAUGUUCCAAGGAGAACGAAUUGCCUAUGAAGUCGCGCUCAACGAGAUUGGACUGCUCUACACUUCCAACGACCCAGCAGUUGGAAAUCUGAACUAUUUGGAUUCCAACUUUGGCAAUGGAAAGUAUCGGGAACUCAUGCGCGGGGUUGAUUGUCCGGACUAUGCGACCUACUUGACCAACUACUGGUUUCAGGCUCUGCGCGGUCCCGUCACUGCCCACGGAGCGGUUUGCGUAUUUGAAGUGGCCACGGGAGACGUUCUUUGGCGUCGUGCGGGUCCAUUUGUCAGUGGUCUGCCCAAUACAGAACUCCAUGUUCGUUUUGCCAUGCCCAAUGGCAACUAUGAUUACAUUGUGACGUAUAAAUUCAAGUUGGAUGGAGAACUCCAUGUGGAAGUGGCAUCAUCUGGAUACAUUCAGACUUAUUACAUGCCGCAAGAAUGGAAUGAAAAAGACCCGUUCUCGUAUCGUUUACAGACAUACAGUGGCGGUUCGCUCCACGACCACACCUUCGGUUUCAAGGUGGAUCUUGAUGUUGUCAGUGAGACGAAUAGCUUUGAGACUGUCUCGUACAAGACGGGCAGCACGUUGGACGCGGUCAAUUCCGGAAAUCCAGACCCACCACUGACCGAGAAACCCGAGUACCUUUUGUUUGAUACCAUGCGAUGGGUGGAGUACAAUACGGUUCAAACCGAGGAUGAUGCCAUCAUGAACAAGGACCCCUUCGCGCCCAAGGAGUGGAUUUUUGGGGAUUCCACCAAGAAGAAUAAAUGGGGCAACACCCGAGCCUACCGCCUGGUCUUGGGAUCCACUCCAAGUUCCUUGUAUCCUUUGGGAAGUCAAACCAUGCCAGCGUUUAGCUAUGCCAAGCAAAUGCUGGCAGUAACUCAGUACAAAGACAAUGAACAAACUUGCUCAGGUGCCUACGACAUGAAUCGAUUGGCCGACCCGCUUGGUUCCUUUGAGAAUUUUGUAGACGGCGAAAGCAUUGUCCAGGAGGAUUUGGUAGCCUGGGUUUCGUUGGCGUUUCUUCAUCUACCCAUUUCUGAGAACAUGCCCAUGACAAAUGCGGUCAAGACGGGCUUUACAAUUGCUCCAUGGAAUUUCUUUGACGAAAACCCUGCCAUGGAUCUUCCUCACUAUCUCCGAAUGAACGAGGCGGAAAUACCCGGUGACAAUCGCCGGGAAGAUUUGCCAGUUGUGGAGCAGUGCAUUCCAGCUUCCUUCCCCACGGAACAUACUUUCUCUGGUGCUUAGCUAUUUAUUGGUAGCAAUGUGUGUAUACAUGUAUGUGUGAGUGAUUGAAAAGUAAAUAUCCUAGGGGAAAGUAAUUUCAUACUAGUCUUUCAUCGGGAUGAAUCCAAUCAUUCAAUAAGAUGAAGGUUACUAUGCAGUUAGAGGAAACUAUGGGGA